GCCCAAACCAAUUUCUAAAACGGUUCAGAUUUGUUCUCUAAUAAAUACCAGAUAAAGAAACCCUAACCCUAAAUUCCUCUAGAAGUCGCCAUCCUCUCUUACCACCUGUAAUCAGAGUCCAGUUAGAGAAGCGACGACAAUCACAAAUGGGUAAGGUUCACGGAUCGUUGGCACGUGCCGGGAAAGUGAGAGGGCAAACUCCAAAGGUAGCGAAGCAAGACAAGAAGAAGAAGCCCAGAGGUCGUGCCUAUAAGCGGAUGCAAUACAAUCGCCGUUUCGUCACUGCCGUUGUUGGCUUUGGGAAGAAGCGCGGACCCAACUCGUCAGAGAAGUGAGGCCGGACAUGUAGGAGUCUUACAUUAUAUUGAUAAUUUUCUAGCUUCAUUAGCAUUACAUUGUUAUGAUUUAGUUUGGAGUCUUUCUUUGCUUUAAGAAAACUAUAACAUCGGUAUCUGUUGUUUUGAAAUAUUUACUAAGGCCCUCCAUUUCUGAUCCUUUA